UUAGUAAUUACAGUAUUAACUAGAUUUAAUUUUGGAAUUCUAAUAAUUACAUGCAUAUUAAAAAUUUCCAUAUCAUCUUUCCUUGUCCUGCAUUUCUUUUCAUUUCUUUGGUUUAGCUGCUGGUUUUGCUGCGGGCUUUGCGGCCAGUUUUGGUUUAGAUGUUGGUUUUGUUAUUGGUUUUGAUGUCGGUUUUGCUGCCGGUUUUGAUGUGGUUUUGCUGCCGGUUUUGAUGUCGGCUUUGCGGCCGGUUUUGGUUUAGAUGUUGGUUUUGUUGUCGGUUUUGAUGCUGGUUUUACUGCCGGUUUUGAUGCUGAUUUUGCUACCGGUUUUGGUAUCGUCUUUGAUAUCGGCUUUGCUGCUGGUUUUGCUACCGGCUUUGCUGCUGGUUGUGCUACCGGCUUUGCUGUCGGUUUGGCUAUCGUCUUUGUUGUCGGUUUUGAUUCUUGCUUUGCUGCCAGCUUUUUUGUAGGUUUAAAUGUCGGUUUUAAUGCCUGUUUUGAUGCCAGUUUUUCUUCUGGUUCUGCUGUCAUUUUUGGAACUGGUUUUGUUACCGGCUUUGAUGUUGGUUUUACUGUCGAUUUUUCUAUAGGCUUUGAUACUGGUUUUGCCACCGGUUUUGCUAUUAGUUUUGAUGUUGGCUUUACUGCCGGUUUUGCUAUCGGUUUUGAAGUCGGCUUUUCUGUUGGUUUUGUUACCGGCUUUACAGUCAAUUUUGAUGGUGGCUUUGCUGCUGGCUUUUUUGUCGGAUUAUAUGUUGGUUUUGCUGUCGGUUUUGUAACCGGCUUUGCUAUCGGUUUUGAUGUUGGUUUUGGUGUCGAUUUUGCUACCGACUUUGAUACUGGUUUUACCACCGGUUUUGCUGUCAGUUUUGAUGAUGACAUUGUUGUUGGCUUUGUUGUUGGUUUGCCUUCUUCUUUCGAUGAUGGUUUAGCUACCGUUUUUGUUUUCGGUUUAGAUGUUGAUUUAGAUAUCGGUUUUGUUACUGGUUUAGAUAUCGGUUUAGUUGAUGGUUUAGCUAUUGGUUUAGAUGUUGGUUUAGCUAUUGGUUUAAUAAUCGGUUUAGUUGGUGGUUUAGUUGUCGGUUUAGAUGAUGGUUUAGAUGUCGAUUUAGUUGUUGGCUUUAUUGUUGGUUUACCUGCUUCUUUCGAUGAUGGUUUAGCUACCGUUUUUUUUGUCAGUUUAGAUGUUGGUUUAGUUAUCGGUUUUGUUAUUGGUUUAGUUGAUGGUUUAGCUGUCGAUUUGGACGUCGGUUUAGUGGUUGGUUUAAUUGUUGGUUUAGUUGAUGGUUUAGAUGUCGGUUUAGGUGAUGGUUUAGAUGACGAUUUAGUUGAUGGUUUAGAUGUCGGUUUAGAUGAUGGUUUAGAUGUCGGUUUAGUUGAUGGUUUAGCUACCGGUUUUGAUGAUGAUUUAGCUGAUUUAUCUGUUGGUUUAGUCGUCGGCUUAUUUGAUGUUUUAGUUGGCACUUGUUUAUCUGGUUUAUCUGGGGAAGCACCUCCACCCGGAAAACUUCCAUCUGAUACAUCUCUACCAGGUACAUCCAGUGUAGGUCCACCCGGUGCAAGUCCACUCAAUGCAUCUCCACCCGGUGAAGGUCCACUCGGUGUAGGCAGUCUUGGUAUAAGUCCUCUCGGUAUAAGUCCUCUCGGUAUAAGUCCACCCAAUAUCGAACCACUCGGUACAUAUGCAUCCGAUGGAGGACUACCUGGUGUGGAUGUAUCCGAUGGAGGUCCACCCGUUGCAGGCCCACUCGGUAUAAGUCCACCAAGUAUAGAUCCACCUGUUGAAGGUGUAUUAGAUGAAGGUCCAUCUGAAAAACUUCCACCUGAUACAUCUCCACCAGGUAAAGGUCCAUCCGGUGCAAAUCCACUCAUUGCAUCUCCAUCCAGUGAAGGCCCACUCGGUGCGGGUCUACUCGGUGCAGGUAGUCUCGGUAUAAGUCCUCUUGGUACAAGUCCUCUUGGUAUAAAUCCUCUUGGUAUACGUCCUCUCGGUAUAAUUCCUCUCGGUAUAAGUCCAUCCAAUAUCGAUCUACCCGGUUUAGCUACAUCCGAUGAAGGUCCACCAAGUGCAGGUGCAUCCGAUGGAGUUCCACCUGAUGCAGAACCACUCGGUAUAAGUCCACCAAGUGUAGAUCCACCUGUUGCUGGUGCAUCUGAUGGAGGUCCACCCGAAAAACUUCCACCUGAUACAUCUUCACCAGGUAAAGGUCCAUCUGGUGCAGGUUCACCCGGUGUAAGUCCACUCAUUGCAUCUUCACCCGGUGAAGACCCACUCGGUGCGGGCUCACUCGGUGCAGGCAGUCUCGGUAUAAGUCCUUUCGGUAUAAGUCCUCUCAGUAUACGUUCCCUUGGUAUAAGUCUUCUCGGUAUAAGUCCACCUAAUAUUGAUCUACCUGGUGCAGGUGCAUCCGAUGGAGGUCCAUCUAAUGCAGGUGCAUCCGAUGGAAGUCCACCUGAUGCAGGUCCACUCGAUAUAGGUCCACCAAGUAUAGAUCCACCUGUUGUAGGUGAAUCCGAUGGAGGUCCACCUGGAAAACUUCCACCUGAUAUAUCUCCACCAGGUAAAGGUCCAUCUGGUGCAGGUCCACCCGGUGCAAGUUCACUCAUUGCAUCUCCACUCGGUGAAGGCCCACUCGGUGAAGGCCCACUCGGUGCAGGCCCACUCGGUGCAGGUAGUCUCGGUAUAAGUCCUCUUGGUAUAAGUCCUCUCGGUAUAAGUCCUCUCAGUAUACGUCCUCUCGGUUUAAGUCGUCUCGGUAUAAGUCCACCCAAUAUUGAUCCACCCGGUGUAGGUGCAUCCGAUGGAGGUCCAUCUGGUGCAGGUGCAUCCGAUGAAAGUCCACCUGAUGUAGAUCCACUCGGUAUAAGUCCACCAAGUAUAGAUCCACUUGUUUUAGGUGCAUCCGAUGGAGGUCCUCUCGGAAAACUUCCACUUGAUACAUCUCCACCAGGUAAAGGUCCAUCUAGUGCCGGUGCAGGUGCACCCGGUGUAAGUCCACUCAUUGCAUCUCCACCUGGUGAAGGCCCAGCUGGUGCCGGCCCACUCGGUGCAGGUGCAUCUGGUGCAGGUACACCCGAUACAAGUCCACUUGGUAUAGAUAUAUCUGAUGGAGGUCCACCUGGUGCAGGUGCAUCCGAUGCAGGCCCACUCGGCAUAAGUCCACCAAGUAUAGAUCUACCUGUUGCAGGUGAAUCUGAUGGAGGUCCACCCGGAAAACUUCCACCGGAUACAUCUCCACCAUUUAUAGGUCCUUCCAGUGCAGACCCACCCGGUGCAGGCAUUUUCGGUAUAAGUCCACCCAAUAUAGAUCCACCCCAUGCAGGUGCAUCUGAUGGAGGUCCACCUAGUGCAGGUGCAUCUAAUGGAGGUCCACCUGCUGCAGGUGCAUCUGAUGGAAGUCCACCCGGUGCAGGUGCAUCCGAUGGAGAUCCACCCGGUGUAGGUCUACUUGGUAUAAGUCCACCAAGUAUAGAUCCACCUGUUACAGAUGCAUCCGAUAGAGAUCCCUCUGGUGCAGGUCCACCCAGUGGAGAUCCAUCUGAUAGAGGUGUAUCCAGUGGAGAUGUAUCCGGUGAAAGUGUAUCCGAUGGAGGUCCACCCGAUACAGAUGCAUUUGGUGGAAGUCCACUCGAUGCCGGUGUAUCUAGUGCGAGUCCUCGCGGUGCAAUUCUAUCAGAUGUAUCUCCACUCUGUAGAACUCCACCACCAGAUGUAUCUCUACCAGAUGCAUCCUCACCUGGUGUAGCUGCACUCGUUGUAUCUUCAUUCGGUAAAACUCCAUUUGAUGCAUCUUCAUCCGAUGUAGCUCCACUCGAUUUAUCUCCACUUGGGACAGCUCCAUCCGAUGCAUAUCCACCCGGUAUCAUUCCUAGACUAUUCGGAAAUUCUUUCCCUUGA